AGUCGCACGAGGUCUAAGAACAGAGAACAAUCUCUAAAUUUGCUCCCGGUUGAGCUGCUCCCUGAACGAAAGAUGCGUUCCCGGCGCUUCCCUCCCGCGCUGGAUUUCUAUGCUGAUACACUGGCCUGGAUAUACCGUUGCUCGUCACAGCUCGUGCCUCGCCGGUUUCUUGUCGUACUCUUCUACCCAUUUCCGUGAUCAGUCGCUACUCCACCUCGCACUGUUGGCGCGAUAAGGCCACGUGCUAUCCCAAGUCCGCAUUCUCCCCCUUUACCAUGGAUCUAGUUGUCGACUGUCGGACAACCGUCAAUCAGAGAGAAAUUUGCCCUAAACGGCUUACCAAGGGGUGAACGAUGCGUAUGGGACUGUAUGCUGCGGAGCGAAAGUUUCGAAUGACUUCACUGAUUUAGUGAUUUGGGACUUUUUAUCGGACGAUGUUCGGUACUGUACACUGUACGUCGAUUUUUCCUUUUUGUUUCGAGUUUCGGUUUUUAUCCUGAAAACCUUUAAUUUUAAAUCGAUCGUUAGCGCUUAUAUAGGUAAUCGAUGGGGUUGACUACCAUGCAGUGACUAAUCAGUUACCGUGUUUAAGUUUUAAGGGUCCUGACUUUUGCUUAAGUAGUAAGUAGAACUGACUGACGGCGCACAUACUGUACCAGUCUGCUGUUGAGUGUUUAGCUAUAGAUUGGAUCCACCCAAACCGAUGCGAGUACUUAUGCGUUUUUCGUGAACUACGGGUAGCAACCGCUGCAGUGAUGUUGUCGUGAUUCGGGAUGCAGUACAAUGAAUCCAUUGUCAUUUUUGAUAAGGCAGCGUGGUAGCAAAAUAUCUUUUUGCGUGAAUGCUUAAACUUUGUCAACCUCACCUGAUAACCUCGGUUAACCCACCGUCGACAUCUUUGAAAGUUUAAAACAUUCCCUUGACGCACUGUGAGCGCUGACGGCUGCUGGCGCAGUGCGCACUGGACGGCAACCAUAUUUAUUACUGCUGAUUGUUGGAGGGGACAUUUCAGCAUUCUAAAUUCUAAUUGUUAAACUUCAACAUGGAGGAACCUGGAAUUCAGGCCCAGGUAUCCGGAUCUCAUUUGCCAGAAUCUACUCGAAAUAAUUCUGAACCUUCUGCAACCGAAUCUAUGUGGACAGACAAUGGACCGGCAUCCAACAACGACACCCUUCUUCUGCAGAGCGGUGUGUCGACAAACGAGAUGGUUGAUGAUUCGGAGGAUAGCCAACCAGAGCCCAUGUCGUGGCAGCUGGGUGCUUCCUUUGCUCGCCCCGCAGGAGAUAAUGCAGCUCCGAAGGAGCAGGACUCGGCCGCUGCUACCAAAGCAGAAUUCAAAGUUCCCGAACCUGUACCAGCCAAAAGGCGCGGCCGGCCGCCGGUUUCGUCGAAAGCAUCAGAAAUCAAUGCCAGCAAAUCACCUGCCAUUAAAAAACCCAAGCCAAAUCGUCGAAACAAAUCUCGACGGAAACGGCUUACAAUGAGUAAAGCCGGACGUGCUGCCAAUCCAGCAAAAAAGGUCCCUGCACGGCCUACUGCAGCACCCUUUAACGGUCAACCCGUCAACCGCAUUCUCACGAAGGAAGAGCGCAAAGCACGUUUGGAUCACUUGUUCGAAAACUGUUCCGAAGAACUGUCCACCGAUCUGCGUUCAGCUACACAGACUAUCGAAGCCAUCUGUCACGAAGCGGCGGCUUUCCGCGAGAACAUAAAUACCAAGGGUAUUCAAGCAUCCAGCAUUGAAACUUUCCAAGAAGAAUUGGCCGUCGAACGGAAGGCGCGGCAGUCCCAACAAGAUCAGGAAGAUAUUAAUCUGACAGAAUCGUUAUGCGAACAGACUAUGCAGUUGCAGGUUGCCAUCUCAACCGAUACUGUAAUUCCUCCCUCUGCGUUAUUUAUCGACGGGCCGCCUGAUGGGAAAAUCCAAGAGAUUCGAAAAAUUUUAUCUCUACCACCGCUAGAAAAAUCUCUUGGCCCCGUGGAUAUGAAAAUACUCACGGACGAUUUCUUGCAGUCAGUUGGAUUGUCGGCAGAUUCGAGGAUAUCAUUGGAUAGUGAUACUUGUGUAAAAGCGGAUGUUAAGGCCGAAACGUUCCAGUGGACUGGUUCCACUGGCCUUGUUAAUCGAUCUCAUCCAAAGGACUUAUCGCAGCAGUUACUUGGUCUGCUGGGCAAAAGUGUACAACCAAGAAUGGAGAGGCGUGCCGCCCAACGAGCACGACGUGCGGCUCAAUCCGAAAGCGUUACGGAAGAAUCUAUGGAGAAAACGUGUGCCAGUUACCUGACAACCAUGGCCGAUCUAGCAUCUGUGGAAAUACCGAGCGUCUCUCCGAAAUACCAUCAUGUUGUCCGAAAUGAGAACGGGCAGGAGGCUGCUAUCUCUGAUUUUUAUGAUAAUUUCGUUAAGCCAUGCUCCUGCAAGGGUGGCAGUCGGUGUGAUCUGUGUCGGAAUCUUCCGGCCUGGAAACAUCGUCUUCCGGCCGCUACCAAUGUUACGGUUCCCGCCAAUGCUAUGGUAUAUGACCAUUGCAUGACGUGCAACAUGGCUUAUCAGCUGGAUUUUGAGUUUGCCAGAAUAUUGCAUCCACGACAUCGAUAUGACGCAGGCGAGCCAUUACAGUUGUCUAAAUUGUCAUUUUGGCCGGAGUUUUUAACCGGUGAUGAGGAACGCGACCUGACUAAAUGUAUCAAUGCUCGCAUGUGGAUGGACGGCGGAUCAGGAUGCCGGCGCCAAGACUACGGACCUUCGGUUAACUAUCAACGACAGCGUGUUAAUCUGCAGAACUUUACAGGAUUACCCCAUUUUGCUCAGCUCUUGCUAGGCCGCUUUAGCCGAUGGAAAGAAUUAGAUGGUUUUCAGUGUGUGGCUGUGUCCAACUGGGAACUGACCAGCGACAGGAUGUCAUCUGUACAGUCCCGUGUGGAGGAUGAGUGGAUGUGGGGUAACCGCGUAGUGAUCUUCAGUAUACUGGCAGAUACGGUGUUGACGUUUUCUCCACGGAAAUGGGAACGGAAGGAGGUGUAUCGACCUGUUCGAGUACAAAUCCCGCGGCGAUCACUACUAAUCGUUACCGAUGAAGUACGCCGCGAUUGGAACUAUUCGGUAUUGUCAGCGGAUGUCCACGAAAAGCAGAUCAUGAUGGUGUUUCGCGAAUUAAGCGACAUUUUUAAAGAAGGCGGUGCACGCGAGGCCGUAGGAAAGAAGAUGCUUAGUAUUGCCCAUACUUUUCAAGGGAAGGUUGUCAAAAGCGGCGGAAGUCUCUGAGUGGUCAGAUUUUGUUUAAUAAUAAUUUUGUGAAUUUAGUGUCAAUAACCGACACAAGUUUUUAAUUGGCUUUUAGAAUUUUGACGUCCCAUUCGUAUUGCUUUCCACAGACUGUGCUAUUUUGUUGCAGCUUUUCAGAUCAAUUUUCUGUCGAGUUCUUGUUGGAUGGUGUGCGUAUGCGGCACCGUUACUUAAUUCUUUUCUUUUGUUUGUUUUGAGUUUAAACGUUAUUGAGAUAGUUUCCAUUAUUGCUACAGGACUUCUUUUCCCUUUCUACGUAUUGUCACAUAAAUAGAUUCGUUUUGUUCUAUGGCUAUACGUGUUACUUAUCGUUACUACAUUCUGCACAGAUCUUGUAAUCUAUACAUACAUAUUGCGUCUGCAACGGACAAGAAAGUUGGAAUAAA